GUCUCAUGGAACCGCCUCCUGCAGUGGUGGUGAAUGAGAAGUUUAUCUCAUUUGCUGUUGCGGAAUAGAGGGCGUUUCGAGAAUGAAGUCAUCUCGCGGUGGGGAUGGUAAUAUGGUGUAUUCAAGUGUUUGUCUCAACAGUGCGGCGUACAAGUGCAUUUGAUGCAGAUUUAUAGUGAUCGCAUAUUGCGGUCCCUUUUACCGAGCAAAAUUAUGUGUUCCAAGAGUCCCACUGAGCUAAUGUAAGCUGACGAAAAAGGCUAAACAUCAAGAGGAGAGGAAGCGUAGUCCUUCUAAAAGCAGUGAAAGCAUUAGCUUUCCAGGUGUAACAUGGAUCAGAAAAUGAAGACCGUGUCAGCCCCUAAUGUGACCAGGAAGAGGAAGGCAUCAAGGCCAAAACAGAAAGGCAAGGCACAAGGAGCUUCUGAGGUGUUGGUGGCAGGCGGUAAAUCAAGUGGAGACAAAAAUUCCAGGCGUGUGGAGGAGCAGCACCGGAAGCCUCUGAAGAUAAAGAGGACAUACGGAAGAAACAGCAUUCAGGGCCUCCUGAGGGCCCCGCGGGGUCACGCGGACGAUUCGGCCAGCGAUUCGUCCUGCUCCUCGGCAGCCUCCUCCGGGCUGGCCAAUGGCAGCGAGGAGCUGACCUGCCCGUCUAGGAAGCCAGCCUCCUGCCCGGAGGUCAUGGGUGAAGGACCCAGCUCAAACAGACGGAAGGGGAAAGAUGCUGUGGCCAAGAAGAAACAGAGAAUGGAAGACAAGAAGCCCUCCAAGGAAGCAAAGGGCAUAAAGCAGUCAGUUGCUGUGGAGCAGAGUCAGAGCAGUGAACGAGCCAUGGAAGUGGGCGAACAGAAAAGGAAAGGAUCAGCGAUAAAGAAGGGCCCCUCGAGCCACAUUUCAGGGAGUCAGGAGGAGACGUGGAACCUGCAGAUCGCGGAUAAAGGACGAGUCACGUGCCCCAACUGCAAAACCGUCAGUCGGAAAACCGUUGAGGGGUUGAAGAAACACAUGACGAACUGCAAAGUGGUGUGUGCAAUGACAUGCAACACGAAUCCCUUCACAUGUAACCACUGUGGGAAACAACUGAAGUCUUCAACUGGCAUGAAGUAUCACCUCAUGGCCGAUCACAAUAACCUGCCCACACCAGAGGACGGGAAUGAAGCGGACGGUCAGCUGGUGAAGGAGAAACUCAGGAAGGUGCUGAAAAGAAUGGGCAAAUUAAAAUGCUCAAAAGAGGGCUGUAGUGGCAGCUUCACCAGCGUCAUGGGCUACCUGUACCACACCAGGAAGUGUGGGAAGGAGGAGGCGGAGCUGAAGAAGCUCCUGCUCAACUGCAGGCAUUGUGGAAAGGCCUACAAGUCCAGGGCGGGGCUGGAGUACCACCUCAAAUCGGAGCACGGCCCAACGCCCCCGAAGAGCGACGACGAGGAGCCCAAGCCCCCCGCGGAGCCUGACCCGGAGCGGACCCCCAGCGGCCGGCUGAAGAGGACGUCCGCCCAGGUGGCGGUCUUCCACCUGCAGGAGAUCGCCAGCGAGGAGCUCCUCAAGGAGUGGCCCAAGAGGAAGGUGCAGCAGGACCUGGUCCCGGACGACAAGAAACUGAAGUACGCCCGACCAGGGCUCCCUGCAUUCAGCCAAGAGGUUCUGCGGAAAUGGAAAAAUGAAGUUAAGCUGCAGAGAAAAGUACAAUGUCCAAACCAGGGUUGCGAUUCAGUCUACACCAGUGUGUCUGGUCUGAAAGCUCACCUUGGACUCUGUUCAAGGGGUGACUUUGAAGCAGGAAAGUACAAAUGCCUGAUAUGUGAUAAAGAGUUCAGCUCCGAGAGUGGGGUGAAGUAUCACAUCAACUCGAUCCAUGCACAGGACUGGUUCAUCGUGAGCUCAAAAGCGUCCAAGAGCUUUGAGAAGCUCCUGAAGGGCAAGUCCAAGGGGAGCAGCGCUCAGAGCUGCCCCGCCCAGAGCCCAUCCCUCCGCUUCACCCCGGGGUUCAAGGGCUGGCGGGACAAGAAGCGGAGCGGCCUGAUCUCCGUCCUGAGGACGAAGGCGGGGCAGGAGGACGGCAAGCGGAAGCAGGAGAGGCGGGAGAAGGACUGCUACGACUUCAGCAGCAGCGACAGCAACAGCAGCAGCAGCAGCGGCAGCGGCGGCAGCUCCAGCAGCGACUCCGAGGCCGAGGGGCCCGAGGCCCCGCGACACGACAAGUGGGCCCUCAAGAGGCCCCUGGCCAGGGUGGACAUGGCCAAGAGGGCCAAAAACACCGCCUAACUCCGCCCACUACGUCCCACCAACCCGCCUCCCACCAACCCGCCUCCCGGCUUCUGCACUUUUUUUGUGAUGAGGCAAGCUUUGUUUUUUUUUGUUUUUUAUUUACUUCAGUGUUUGUUUCAAGAAAAAGGGAAGUACGGUCGGUUCGCCUCGAUCGCAGCUCUAGCGCUUUUGUUGGGCGAGAACCGAGGCGGCAGAGCCAGCUGUUUUACCUCCAUAUUUGUUAUGGAAUUAUUUAUUUUUUUCAAUUAUUUUUGCUCACCAUUCUCUUUGGCUUCAGAAUGGCUGUCACCAGUAGUAGCAGUAACCAUACGUCACUUUACGUCAUCAUGCAGCUAUAUUGGUUUAUGCGUACACAUUGCAAAUUAUCCCUAUACAGUAUUUCCCAUAAUGUUGAAGGAAGGAGAAUUUUGGUUUCAAGACCAAAGGUUAUAGUACAACCUUGAUGUGUGUGUUACUUGAAAGCCCUCCGCCAAUGGGGCUGAGUGCCAGAGAGAGGGGCUACAUCACAGUAUAUAUGUACUCUAGAAAUGUACGCCACAUCAGAUAGUAUUACAGAAUGAUCUGGAGAACCAGCAGGUGGCGGGCUUGUGUCUACAUACUGUAUUUCAAAGACAACGCACAGGAACCAGAGAAACUCCAAUAUGGAAUUCACACAGAAUGCUUUCUGGCUCGUGCUAUGAUUGCUCUCUUCUGUGUAUAUUUAUUUUUUAAAGAAUGGAGUUAAGGUACAGGCGGCAAAUAUACCUGCCAUUCAGCCUUGAUUGCACAUUGAGUUGCAUGUCACUGUUCAGAUUCUACACUGAGUAUCAUGAACGUUCUCUUUGUAUUUUGGGAAGGGAACUACAAUCCAUAAACAAAACAUUAAAGGGAAAGUGGACUCUUAAAAUCUUUGUCAUCCCAGUUAAUGAACAGGUUAAUGCAUACGACUUGAACCUAGUUUAUGUAUUUUACCCGCUUUGUCUUUUUUUUUCGCAGACGUCAUCAGAUGCUUUUUUCUGUUCUGUUCAUAUUUCCCCAUUUUCAUGCAGUGCUUUGUGCAUCCUCUGGUGAUACGUUUCGUUCAAAAUGGCUGAUCGUGAGUAUUUCUCUAAUGCUGGAAUGACUGCGCCUGCGCACUGCUGAAAUAUUAGCAAGUUUGAGAGCUCUUGGUUAAAAUGCAAAACACCCAAUGGUGCUAAAAUUUUCUAUGCUUAAAAUGCUUUUUUUUUUUUUUUUUUUUUUUAAACUAGUUAACACCGUUCAACGGAAUACUUCCUUAUUAGAAAGACAGCUCACAAAUCCAUUGACGAAACAAUGGUUAGGGAUAUCCAAGUAGCCAGUCCAGUCAAGGUUUUAAUGAUCUUUAAAGAGUUCUCCUAAACAGGUUUAAGACUGACUCAACUAAAUUUAAUUAAUUAUUCUCUGCAAUUUCAACUUCCGCAACACUACUUUUUAACUUCAAUUUCAUGUUUUACAUUUAACUUAUUUUACAUUUGUAUUUAUUUGCAGACAUAAUGCAUCUUGUUUAAAAGUGAAACACUGUUUAAACAUAUGUUAGAGUUAGCAGGUCCUUUUAAUAUAUAAAGGAGUGUGCUGUAUAUGAUCAAUGUAACCAAAGCAAGCAGGAUGCAUGCACUUUUAACCCACUGAAAUGAACUUGUGUCCUGUAUUCAGCCAUUGUGAGAGCUGAUUUCUGUGACUGACAAAGAGCUGUUUCUUGGGAGUGCUCCAGUGUGUACAAUUUCUCUGUUUGAAACUCCACAGAGACAGAUUAAGGCUGCAUAUGAAGGUUUGUGCUUUGAUGUUUAAAUGUUUCACAAUAAUAAUGUGUCCAUUGUUUUUCGGUUUUGUUUCAUUUUGGUUUUUUUUAUUUGUAAGAAACGUAAGGGAUUAUUUCUGAGCACCUGAUAUAUGUAUGUAAUAUAUGUUCUUUUUGUGGCUAGCUUUAUUUAUAAUGAGAAGUCUGUUAUUGAUUAGGAUAGAGCACUACUUGUAUACUUGCAUUACUUGUAUAUUUCUUAUUUGUAUUUUUCUUAUUUAGAAGUAUGUACCUUUAAAUUUUCUAGCUAGUGAAAUGGAAGACUAAUCACUGGAUUAAAACAUUUAUGUACACACAAAA